AUGAGCCCAUGCCGUCAUACAUGUUGGCUUAAACCAUGGAGCCUGGGCAUAGAAAGGGGCGUAGAAGUGACAGACCGACCUCAAAAGAUCUUGAAGGAGUUCAAAGAUCCCAAUACUGAGAGUGCUGGCCUCCUGGUGUUAAUCGGAAAUCAAUCGAAGCAGACGGCUUUCAAGAAGCUAAGUUUCCAGACGGGCAGGAUCCAGGCGAGGACGGGCGGUGAAAUUCAUCUGCUCGCUUCAUCAUUGAAAGAGAACCGCCAUAAGCGCAUCAUUAUAGCGGAUACUGAUGUGUCCGGUCGGCAGCCCAAGCCGCCAUCAUUAAGCUCCAGUCCUUGUCACGCUAUCAAAGUCCUGACUGACACGACACAACACGUUGCUGAUGAGGCUCCCAACUAUGAAAACCUUUUACAGAGAUCCCUGUUUGCAUCUGCUGAUGUUAUAUGCAUAUUCGUCGAUGAUUUAGGAGAGUUUGAUGAGUCGCUGAAACGAUUACAUUUCUGGCUCCGAAAUGGACCACCAUCGACUAGCCCAGUGCGCCCACAUAUCCUACUUGUAGUGAGACAAGAGUCAAGACAGAGGUACGAAUGUGAUCUCAAUAGGUUUGUUUCAGAACACCAAUAUGGAAGCUCUGAUUCAGGUUUCCAUAGCAUCAAUCUCGUUGGUGUUCCCAGAAUGUCGGGUAAAGGCAGACGCCGAAACUGCGGCCAGACACGCCGAUGGCAAGUGCUUGGUCCGGUGUUAUCAAAAGCGUUAGAUACUAGUAGACAAGCCAGAAGACGAUCCGACUCGAUCUUUUCAGUACACCAUCUUUCUCACUUCUUACAGUAUGCUGCUAGCGUAGCCUUGAGCUCAUCUACAGAGCCUCUCAGCUUUGUGAAGAUCUCUCGGCUUCUUCGAGGAGUAGCUCGAGACUUGAGUCAUCAUAUCAAAAGCUUUUUUGAAAAGUUCGAUUCAAUCAAGACGUUCCAACAGGUGGCGAUCCCGUUAGUCGCCUCAAGUCUACUGCUAGAUCAUUACUCGCCUGGGAUGCAUCCAUUCGACUGCCACCAGGUUUUCCAUGAACUUUAUGAAGAUCCUUGCUUCCAAGCCAGCUCAGGACUUGCAUCAAGUUCUAAGAAGUUAAUGCCGCCCUCAGAAACCGUGAGAUUAAUAUCGUGCAGCAUGUUCACUCAGUUUGCACAGUCCCAAGCUCUUGGUUCGACACGUGACUGGCACCUUGAGCAACUUAAACGAAAUUUUGCUAUUUUACAAACUAUCAUGUCGAACGAUACGUGCCUGAGCUGCAUUAGGCGGCGGCCGCAAUAUGGCUUUCCAUGUGGACAUCUUAUUUGUCGAAAUUGUAUCAGAACGUUUACACCUAAGAGUAGCUCUGACCCUUGGAUGUUUGUACCGGAAUCAUGUCAUGUUUGCGGUCAAUCUGCCCACGGAAUUUUAAUACGAGAGUUCCCUGAAACCAGUCGACUCAGGGUCUUGAGUAUUGAUGGUGGGGGUAUACGUGGGUCCGCUCCGAUUGGCUUCCUCAAGGCGAUGCAAGAUGAGAUUGGUAUACCGUAUUACAAUGUACAACGCAGCUUCGACGUUAAGGUCGGAACUAGUUCUGGUGCAUUGGCGGUGACCUGUUUGGACAUCUUGGGGUGGAACGUAGACGAUUGCAUGAGUCAUCUCAAACAAUUUGCCCAGCAAUCAUUCAUUCAGCGCUCUGGGCGUCUUACCCGCCUACUCAGCCGUCUGCCACUUUUUUCCAGUGCCGUAUGGCUAUUUGAACUGAUAUACACGUUUCUGACUGAUAGCAAAUACAGCGCUGAGGGGCUGGAGAAGCUACUGAUUGAAACUUAUGGCCAAAGCCGUGGUACAGCCGACAUAUCUCUAGCCACCUCUAUGGGUACUCAUAUAGGCGUAACAUUGACCAGGGCCCGUGAUGGUAGUGUAUUUCUUGCCACGAAUUAUAAUAGUGUCACAGCAGAAGCUCAGGAUUCAGACUAUCAUCAUCUCGAGUUGCAAGAAGGGCAAGCGAAGAGCAAAUGGUGGCAGAUUUUACGAUGCGCAACCGCAGCACCAUACUACUUCAAACCUGCACGUAUUGGCGACCUCGAAGUUUUCCAAGAUGGUGGACUUGCAGUUAACAACCCAGUGUGCAUUGCUAUUCGCGAAGCAACAUUGCUAAGUCCAGAUCUGGCGGAGCCCAGUGUUGUGGUUUCUCUUGGUACUGGGUCAGCUUCAGACGACGAUAGCAACUCAUCGGGACUAUUUUCAGAAAGGUUCUUUCCUAGACUUUCGAGAGCUCUUUGGAAGCAAACCGGUUCAAAAGUUACGUGGAAACAUCUCCUCAGUCAUCAGAGAGCCGCGAGUAACACAAAGCUGUUUCGAUUCGACGUUGACUUUAUGGGGGAAGAGCCUUUGCUAGAUGAGGUGAGUAUGGUAGAGCACGUACAACUAACAGCCCAUUCUACAGCGGCAGGUUCACAGAGCCUUCGUCAGUUGUGCCGCCAGCUGCGGGCUGAGCUUUUCCUUUUCGAACUAGACCAACUCAGUCCACCAUACUAUAUGCGAGGAGCUUACCAGUGUACUGGCCGUAUCAUCUGCCGGCUAAGAGCACACACUCCAGAAUAUAAAGAAUUUAUCAGGCAGCUGUGUGACAGAGCGGCGAUAUUCCGAGUAGGAGCUCAGCUUGUGAGGAUCACGGAUGAAAACAUCAACACAGAUCUUUGUUUUGAGGUAAGGUUCUCUGUACCAAAUCUCAGCAGCUCGAUCUCGAUUACCUUGUUGGAAGAGACGGAUGAGGAGUUCCAUAUCAACGGUUCACCUUUCGCCAUAGAAUGGCUUAUCAGCCGGCAAGCACUAAAUAGCCCCUUCGGCACAUCCGAUCAUCGAGAGUUGGUGCAUUCUGAUCUUGAUUGUGUUCCACAAACUCAUCACGCUAUCACUGAAGAAAAGGAUGACUUGCAGCAGUGA